UACAGGAAAAUUGUCCGCACAUCUAUUUUCGAGUCGAAAUGUCUGCUAAGAAACUUGGAUCGUGGUUUGUCUCGGAAAAUGGGCGAAAAUUUAGUUUUGCUGUCGGUACCGUUGCAGCAAUUGGAGCAUUUUCUGCGCAAUACGUGCCUCAUACAUUUUUAAUUGAACAAUAUAAGAACGUCGUGCAUUACUACCGAAAAGGCAUAGCAGUUCCGGUUCGUCCUGAUCUAUUGGAACGAUUUAAGAAAACUCUUGAUCUUGCUGAGGUGUCAGAGAAAACAAAAAAGAUAUAUAGUGCAUUCUCAGUUGUUGGCUUUGACAUAUUUUCUGCUGGAUCUUCAUAUAGCAAGUUUGGAUGUAUUAUAGGCCUGCCAGUGAAUUUCUCUUAUGAUAAUGUUGACACAAUUGAAAGGCACAAUAUUAAAAUCUUGGCAGAAUCAGUUGUCUGGGAUUCAAAAGAGGCCAAAGAUUUCUUGGAAUCACUAGUCUUAUCAGAAAAAGCACAAAUGUAUGCAAUGGCUAGGGAAAUGCGAAUGGCAGAAACAAUGAAGUUGUACUUUGAUUCAGCAUACUGCACUUUAGGAGUAUAUUUCACCUAUGCAUUCAGUCAGUUUAUUAACAUGCGCUAUAAUAUGUAUGUAAAACCAGUAGGAAUCAGACUAGUAAUGUAUGGACUAGUAGGAUCAUUUUGGUAUACGAAUUAUAUCUUUGUCAAGGACUUUACGCAACUGAAAUAUGAACGUAAAGUUGAUGAGGAGCUUAAGCAUUUGAAUCCUAUAUUCGUAGAAGGGGCAAUUGAAUUUUACGGCAAAAUAUUGCAGCGGAACAAAGCGUUACGGAAACUGAUGGGCAGAGAGGGUGAGAAUAUGUACUCGGUUCACGGUAAUGAGAAUUAUUUGUUGCGACAGAGGCAUUUACCACUUGUUCAGAGAAAGGCUUACUUUGAGAACACGUUAGAUCCGAAAGAAAGUCUGAUUAGAGAAUAUGUAUAGAAGAAAAGCGCAAUGUUUACGUUUAUAAUGUUAGAUAAAAUAAAUAUUUAGAAAUAAA